AUACAGGUAUUUAAGAGUGUGUGCCGUGUGUAGAGGGGCAGUGUGGCUGGUGUUGCGGAUCGUGCGUGAAGGUGGCGUGCAAUCGAGCAAGUGAAGGAGCGAGUGACGAGUCGGCCCUCGGAGUCCUCCGUCGCGUCUACCAAAGCCGAAGUUAGCCGAACGCGGCCGAGCCGGAGCGCCGGCACCGCUUCGGAGCGUUCGGGUCAAAAUAUAUUCAGUGUAUUCUAAACAACCAUGCGACGUGCUAUCACGUUUUGUUUGCUCGAACGCCUCUGAGUAUCAUUGACGGUUGAUACGGGCGUCUUUCGCGUCUCCUCCUCGUCUCGCGGAGGUUUUUCCGGCGUGUCCUACGUGCUCCGAGAUCCCCGGCCGUCGCGACCCUCCCGACCCUCUCGGACAUCGCGGACCUCGGGGUCAGUGUCUGGCUCAGUCUGCUUCCGAGGAUCCUCGGCAGGAACCCUGCUCCGUGCCUCCAGGGAUCCGAUCCUGACGAUCCUGACUAUUUUAGCAGGCUCAAACUUUAACGGGGAUUUUUAAACUCUCGUCUUCCUCGUGGUGGAUGAACUACUACGUACGUUCGUGGCAGUGCCAGUGCGUGGACUAAGUUUGAAGAGAACUUGAAUGCUAACUCGUGUUUAUUCCUGGCCUUGACAUUGCUUGAUCUGUAAAUCCGAGAUUGUUCCGGCCUUCGUUCCUGUCAAUUUCUUUUGAUUCGAAUAUUUGUCGUUUGUCCUGCCACUUCCACUGUUUUGCCGUCCAUUGAAAGCAGAAAGAACUGCAUUCGUUUACACUGCAGAGAUAGUAGAAGGCGAGGACGUCGAAAAAGUUUGUGCAUUCGAAUCAGUGCCUGACAGAAGGAUCCAGCGAUAAUGCAGUUGCAUCCAGCAAAUUGAAUGGACCAUGAUAAGACAAGGAGCAUCGUAGAGUCAUCGUCACCGUCUUCGUCGUCGUUGCGGACGUCGUCGUCGUCCGUCAGCCGUGCAUUGAGAACGCGACAGGCAGAAGAGGAAUUGGAAAAUUGUAAAAAGUCCCGGAGGAUCGUCGGUGCGCGGGGUGGGAGGGUGGCGAUGCGAUGAGCCCGGCGAACGACGGGCAGGCCGUCACCCGACACCCCCAAUUACGAAUCGGCAUCGCGCUGCGUCCCGACGCGAGGCGUCCAUCAAAACUGAGCUGUUCGCCAGUCACAAGUCUCCGCAGGCCAUGGACCUCGAUAGGAGAAACGGCACUGGCAAUAGCGACAUCAACUGCACGAACAUUUACUUCGUUGUUGGCGACAGAAUUGAAAUCGCCAGCUUCUGUCCGGACCAAGUGACUAAUAAGGAACUUAAAGAACUCUUCAGAAGCGCAGCAGAGGCUGGUCCUCUGGAUAUCCUGAAGCUUCACGACGGAGACAAACUUCUUAACAUUUCGCCGUAUCUACCGGCGAACACACCAGACACGGCCUACGUACUCCAGGUUGUUGGAGUACAUCCCGCAACUUCCGGUAUGAUCGAGGCUGACCUGUUACGCGCUCUGGAGAGGCGAGUCGCCGUUCUAGAGAGAGACCUGCGAGAUCAUCAGGAAGCUGCAUCCACAGCACCGUCUUUGGCUCUUCGUGAACUCAAGAGACAAGUGAACGACUUCAAGAACAAACUCGAGACAACCGAACACCUCAGUUGGCUAGGAUUCUACAAACAACUUCCGGCACCCAUCUCCUCCGAGGCUUGUCGGAGGCUGCAGUAUCGGCGAAAAAGCGACAGCGUGAAGCGCAAAGUGCGCGAGAAGUUUCUCAGCAUCUGCGACGUGGCCGUCUCGUCCAGUGUCAGAGAAUGGCUCAGGUCACCUGCCUUCGACGCUCGGCAAUUCGAAGACGAGGAACUCCUCCUGAUGCUCCAGACGAUGUUCGUCGAGUUGGAGCUGCCGCAAAAAUUUAAGAUACCUCUGUCGACCCUGAGGAACUUCCUGUACGAGGUCUAUAAUAAUUACAACGAGGUGCCGUUUCACAACUUCCGGCACUGCUUCUGCGUCACGCAAAUGAUGUACGCGAUGGUCUGGGCCAUCAACCUCCCGUCGAAGAUCAGCGAUCUGGAGGUCUUCGUUCUCAUCGUCUCCUGCAUCUGUCACGACCUCGAUCAUCCUGGCUAUAACAAUAUUUACCAAAUAAACGCACGUACCGAGCUGGCUUUGCGGUACAACGACAUCUCGCCUCUGGAGAAUCAUCAUUGCUCCGUAGCAUUUCGCAUCCUGGAGGCACCCGAGUGCAAUAUCCUGGCCUUCUUGGACCCCAUGACGUACAGGACUGUUCGCGAGGGAAUCAUCAGGUGCAUCCUGGCUACGGAUAUGGCCAGGCAUAACGAGAUACUUGGACAAUUUACAGACGCGGUGCCAGAAUUCGAUUAUACGAAUAAGGCACACAUUAAUCUGCUCUCUAUGAUCCUGAUCAAGGUAGCAGACAUUAGCAACGAGGCUAGGCCGAUGGACGUGGCAGAACCGUGGCUUGAUAGGCUUCUUCAAGAAUUCUUUAAACAGAGCGACGCUGAGAAACUCGAAGGACUUCCGGUAACGCCAUUCAUGGAUCGAGAUAAAGUCACCAAGCCGUCCUCCCAGUGCAGCUUUAUUGGAUUCGUUCUUCUGCCACUCUUCGAGGCGCUCGGCGAACUUUUUCCAGAACUUCAGGAACUGAUCGUCCAGCCUGUGAAAUAUGCUCUGGAGUACUAUAGACGAUUGAACGAAGCGGCAAAGGACGAGCGACAUCAUAGGAAAAGUAUAAUAGAUUUAGGUGAGUCGGCGCAGUCAGGUUCUGGUUCUGGUCCGUGCGUCGUUAAAUCGACCUCGUCUCACAGCAUGCGCUCCAAGAGAUCAGGUGGUACUAUUUACUCGCGAUCCCGAUCGAUAGAGGAAGAUACUGAAAAUCUAACGAUAGAGGAGAUUGAGAACAUUGAGAGUUCGGAUCCAGAGACAGCUACUGAGGUGGAGAUCAGUGAGAAGACUCUGAAGUUCAAAAUCUCGACGGAAGGGACAGUCAGUGGUCGCAAGAGUUAUCCUGGAAGUAGGAAAGGCAGCAGGGAGAAGUCGUCCUUGGAUUAUCACAACCAUGACCUAGCCAGAGCCGUAAGGGAACAUGAGCGCGAGAGGCGACGAAGUCGUGGUGAAAAUUUCAGCAGCGACAUGAGUUCACCGGUUAGCGCUAGGUCGGGCGACGAGCCCAGAAUCCUGGAGGAGCUCGAGAAGGACGAGAUAGUUUUUUUAGAGACAACGAUCAAUCAGGACAGAUCGGAAGGAAAUGGUAAACUGGCGCAGUCGCCGAAAAAUAACAUUGACAGAAGUAUCGUCGUUAACGAAGAGGACAACAAGCUGAACGUCACGAAGGAGAGCAUCCGGUGCUCCUGUGACGAACGGGAGAAAGUUAUUGUGAACAAUCACAAGUCCCUUCUAUCCCGCCUGAGAAAUUUUACUGAUCGAUUGAGCAUCAGUUUCGACUCAAAAGAGUCACCGAGUCUGAAGCAGACGAAGCAUCCUACAAAGAAUCUGAACAAGAGCAACUCCGUUAGCAGCAGCUCCUCCAAGCGCAAUGUCUCCAUUUGCAAGCGCUGCAACCACGUAAAGAUGAAUAAAGAGCACGAAGCUACGGUUGAGAUGUCCAGUGUUGACAAAAGAGCCAUGACAUUACCCAAGGCGAAAAAGUCUCAGGACUCUAAGAACAAGAGCUGGCGAACGGUGUUUGCUAAGGAGAAGAGGCCGUCCGCCUCCUUGGAGGCACUUCCGGCCACUGACACGGAUACUCCUUCGCUCGGUAAACACAAGAGAAACUUUUCGAAUCCUGAGGGUAAGAUGAUGGUUGCUAAGGCUCAGGGUCCAAAGGAGCCAAAGCCGAUGAUUUUCACCGAUUUCAAGGAGAUAGACGUGCGAGCCAAGCCGGAAAUCAUCGUCAAUCCCAGCAGCAGCUCCACCAUCAUAGACCAGGACAUCGGUAAGGUCGAGAUCAGACGGAGCUCGGCGAGCAUGGAGGAUAUAUCCAAGAUAACCAAGCAAAACGAAACAACCCUUCUUGGCUCACUGGAGGACAAGAAGACGGAGGAACUUCAGAUCACUGGCUCUCUCGAUUCCAUGCUUUACAAAGAGUCCACCAAGUCCUCGAAGAAGCCUAUAUGCUUCUCUUCUCCAGGAACGUCCAAAAAAUGCUCCACUGGUAUCUUCUCCAGAAUCAAGUCCGGGAUGAGCAUCGACAGCACCCGCAGCAACAGUGGCUCUCUCCACGAGCAGACUCCACCUUCUUCAGCAUCACCUGCUCAGACCGGAUGGAUAUCAUCCUUGACCGCUAGUUUCAGACCAAAAAGGCAACCGAGCGAGCUGCCGUCCUCACCACAGCGUUCCCAUUGUCCCAGUCAGGACGAACUCAAGUGAUACGUUCUUGCGAUCGGCAGUAAAACCAGGCGAUCGACCAUUAUGCCCAGCUGCUUCGGCCGUCGACCAUUUUCUCAAUAACAACUAGUCGAACAAACGUUCUCGUCAAUACAUUGCGUUUCUAGCCGAGGGACUUUCUUUCGUCCCUCGAUGACUGAGCUAACACCGCCAUUACAUCCUACGUCAUCUUCUCGUUCUUUUUUUUCUCAAAUUCUUUAGCUCAAUCCGUCUGCCAACUAAUUUAUAUUCAAUUUUACUCUGAGACUGUCUCUGCUCCAAUUUUUAAUUUUCAAAUUUAAUCCUCUUACGUCAAUCUCUCGCAGGACUUCUUUACCUACCGUCGAAUAUGAUUAAUCUCAAAAAAUGGAUGAAAAUUAUACCGUGUUACUAACCCUUAACCAGCGAGGUGGGUCUGUGAGACCCACACUAGAUAUUACGACCUUUAUACCGAAUGCAAAACGUAGAUAACCUUGCAUUUUGGCUACCUUGUAUCAAUAUAAUCUGUCAAAAUGCUAAAAACAUUCAGUUGACGCUAACCAUCGUAAGCGUUCGUAUCGAACUUUUUUUUUUUAAAAACAACUGAGAAGCUUAGACAUUCUAUAGUCUAUAGACUAGUCUAUAUAGACUAUAGUCUAUAGUCUAUAGACAUUCUAUAGUACAUUCUUAGACAUUCUAUAGUACACUCUAAGUUUUCUUUUCACCUCUCUGUUUAAGGGUUAAAGUAACCGGUCACUAGUGUAGGUUUUCUGUCGAUUCGAAACGUUUUUUGGGUCGUCCGUUUAAAAAGCCCCUUGGCUGCUCGGCCAGGGAAAAAGAACUUUAGGAUGAUAAACUAUUUUAUUUAUUGUCUAACUAACGCGUAGCCUAACGAUUAAUCAUUAAUGUUGUUCGUUAUAUAUGCAAUGUAUACACCGUAUAGAUAUAGCUAUACUCCUCUGAUAUCCGAGAUAAGAAAGAGACGCGCGCGCGCGCCUGUACGUAUACAUAUACAUAGAUAUACAUACAACAUCCUUACAUUAUAGAGACACAAACACAAACACACAUAUAUAUAAAUUAUAUAUACAUAUAGCUGCCAUACGAGAAAAUCCAAAAAAGUGUCACUGUUUUUGAAUGUCGCGAAAAGAGAAAAGAAAAUUUAAUUAGGGUGUUACUAUAUUGACUCUGUCAACGUAGCGGCCGUGUUGAAAAAUGCAGCCUACGUCUUCGAUGACGAAUGAUUGUUCAAUAAUCGUCGCGCACACCUUUUACGAUUAGUUCUCUAUGAUAUUGCGCUUUCAUUUUUAGAUGUUUAUAUUUUUAUACUCCAGCAAUGUGUCUAUACGGCGAUUGAACCGCAUGUAUUGUUGAACUCUAGUCUUACGUUAUUAUCUUCGUAUCCAGCAUUGUUAUAGAUACUGUCGUCUUCUUUUCCUUCUUCGACUUUUUCUUCUUCAAUUUUCCUCAUCAGUGUUCUUGGUCUUUCACUUCUCAACUCUUCAUACGACUCUCGACUUGCAUUCUUUAUAAAAAAUUAAAAUUAAUAUUAAAACAAAGAGUGCACGUACUCAAUAACAAAUUAGGAUUAUUAAAAUUUUUAUUUGUCAUAGUUCGUUUUCUCAUCGCCCAGAGAAUCGCACUUGCGAAUGCAUUUAUAUACGUAUAUGCAUAUAUCGGAAAUUAAAAUUAAGAAAUUCUCGUGACGUCAUCGUUCAUCCGUGCGAACGAACGCGCUACUGUGUGAAUGUAUCUUUACGUACCUUAUUAAUUAAAAAAAAAAUCAAACAAACAGCGUGGCUCGUUAACGGGUAUACUCGGAAGUGUAUUUUCGUGUUAUUAGACCAAAUUUGGAAAAUCGCCAAAAAUAAUAUAUAUAUUAUUCCUGACGAUAACGUGCGUCAGGCAUUGAUGAUAAUAUUUUUAGAAAUUGACAGCGACGCUGUGGUGAUAUUUUUUCUCAAUUUUAUGGAAAUUUUGAAAAAAAAAAAAAGGAAAAACGUGAAUCCCAACUUCCGAGUCGAACUGCUGAGAGUCGAUUAUAAAAGAUUAUCGCGAAACAAAUUUUAACUGUGGACAAAAUGAGCGCGUGGUGAACUUCCGUACGCGGUACCUUUUUUUGUCAUCUUUUUUCGAAACCGACGCGAAAUCAAAAAAAGCUCCAUGAAACACUACUCUUUAAAGAGACUACCUGUGCCUGAUCUCUGUCGUUAUUUAUUAUUUUUUUUUGUCUCUGCCCAACUUUACUCCAAGGAUAAGUGGGAGCAUUGGAAUUGAGAGAUACUCUUUCGAAAUUCGCGCAAAAUAUAAGAGUGAAUGAAAACAAACAGUAUAAAGGGAGAAAAUAUGAAAAAUUACGCGGGUCCACCUUUUUAUCGAUGCAUGAUCAAUGUGCCGUCAAAAGACAAUCGUUCUCUUAUAUUCACUUUUUUUUAAAAAACUUAUCAACCGACCAGUCGAAGUUCCGAUCGUACCAAUAGAAGGCCUUCCUGCGUUUGAUCUAGACGAUCGUUAACAAUGAGCGACUCGUUACGAGAAAAAAAAGAAAAAAAUUCAAAAUGACAAAUCAAGUCAAUUGAAUACUAAAACUUCGAGAAAUCUCGAAAGAGUGUCUUGCAAGUAUGGCGAUAACUACGAGCCGAAGAAGUGGAAUAAAAAGCAAAGAAAGAAAGAACAAAAGUAAAGAAACGAAAGAUAAACAAAAGAAGCCUCUGUAAUCGUUCUCGCGAUCAACAACAAUAUACACUGUCAAUUGAUUAUUUAUUCGCGCUAACAUUGUUCAACGUCGGUCAAUUAACAUGAGCCAAGUCGUGAUGCAUUUCAUUAAACGAAGGAUAAGAACUUCGUGAUAUUGUAUAAUAAAUAUAUAGAGACAAACCUUGUGAUUUGUAUGAGAGCGAGAGAGAGAGAGAGAGAGAGAGAGAGAGAGAGAGAGAGAGAGAGAGAGAAACAAAAGAGAAAAGUAAUCACAAAACAUAAAAAUACUAAUCUUCUCUCCCCUACUUGACCCUCCUGACCCUUCGGGCUUGUCUCCUUAUUCAUCCAAUCCUCAACUCCAAUCCUCGCCAUCUUCUGGUAUUUCCGAUUUUCCGUCUACGCGUACACAUUGACUCUCUGUUUAAACCACAGAAUUACACCGCAUAGGAUUAAUCGAGAACCCUUAUGGUAAAUCCUUAACCAGGUGGAAUCGAAGAUCGGAGGUUUACCUGACGCUGGAGGGGCUUAAAAAAAUGACUAUGCUCGCGGGCGAGUGAUGAUCGAUAUUAAUUGUAAAUUUAUCGUAGGAUUCUAUAUGGAAAUUUAAAAGGAACUAAGGGAAAUUACAGGUACGUCGCUCUUCGGUGCUGGCAAUUAUCACCCACGUCAUACGCCGUAGUUACCAUCGGCAUAUAUACAUUAUACAUAUAUAAUUAUACACAUGGUAUAUGCGAUCCAUGAGAAAUCAUUAAAUCGACAAUUAUUUUCUAAUUAACGCUAUAAAAGUAUAUAUACAUAAUUAAUUGAAAAAGAAAGAAAGAAAACUCUAUAUGGUCCCCCGUAAAUCGCGCGGCUGACUUUACCUCUCGUUACUGUGACGUUUACUAUGGGGACUUCUACGUAAUCAUCUAAUUGGAGUGAUUCUUGGAAAUUGAAGCGAUUUGAAAAAAAAUAGAGAAAUAUAUAUAUAUAUAUACACGUAACGUUACGCGGGUAAUUAAAUAAUCCCUGAGUGGAAUUAUAAAUGAUGCAGCGACAGUUGUACCAACUAACAUAUCCUAGAAAACAUUUCGACUCGGAGUGACAACUCUUAGACUCCAAAUGAGGAUAAUUAAUAAUUAAACCGAUUGAUAUAUGUGUCUGUGGUUUAUCUAUAGUAUUUAUGAUGCGCGUAUUAAACAUGGAAAGAUAUUGCCAACACUGAAUUUGAUAUACGUGAUGCGUGAUAACGCCGUCGAUCGCUUUCAUAUCCAUCAACGUCCCGUUUACCAUGACGGAUGUGUCCUAUACCGUCAUGGUGAUAACUAAUGCAUUAAUGGAUAUCGCGAACACAAUAUGUAACACGUAGGGAAUUGUAAUGACGAUCGUUUUAGGAAUCGUCGAUCGAGCGUCAAUCCUUUUUUGUAAAUAAAAAUAAGUCAUUCGAAUAAAGAUAUACGUCAUCGUA